AUUAUCCGAAACAAGCACGUUUCGAACAAGCAAAUUUCAGUACCACUCAUCUGGUCACGUGCUCAACAAGUAAUCGUAACACCAUUCGGCCAAAAAAGUGACCUAUUGAAAUUGGUCUGUCACGCAAAAUCAUUUCCACAUCCGCAUUUUCAGUGGCUCGACGACGGUCGCGAGAUCGAUAACGAAACCACUGAUACAUGCGUGUGCAGUGCCAAGAAUGUGUACAGUUGCCGUGUUUGGAACGAAGUGGAGAACCGCAGUGACCUGUCGGUGUUCUAUCGCGCACCUGGAAAGCAGUUCAGAUCGGAGCUGGUAUCGGGUCUGGUGGAUUUGAGUGCGUUCGUGAGUGUUGAUGACGAGGUUUGUGACCGUUGCAAGCAGGAACAAUUGGCUCGAUUACAAAGAAUUAUGGAUGAUCAGGAUGGAGAUAAGACACAGCCCGAUAUGGAAACUCAGCAACUGUUCGCGUCCGAUAAAGUGGCCUUGAUAAUAAGCAAUUGCAAUUACGAAUAUCUACCCGAUUUAAUAACACCGCACUGCGAUGCAGAAACAUUGGCACAGGCACUGCAGGACAUGAACUAUAAAACGGUAACACUGGGCAACCUGAAUCUCGCCGAAAUGCAAUUCAUUAUUCGCGAAUAUAAAAAGUUACUCGGUAAUGGGGUAUACGGUAUGCUUUAUUAUCAUGUUUAA